UUGACAUAUAAAAUCCCUAGGGUUUUCGGUUCCUAAUUCAUUUUCUUUGCAAAGCGAGUUAAAAAGGUCCCAAAGCGGCGCACUGAGAGUUUUGAGCUUCUCGGAGAAAAAAAAAAAAAAAUGGGGCAUUCAAAUGUGUGGAGCUCGCAUCCUAAAAGCUACGGUCCUGGUUCUCGUACUUGCCGAGUUUGUGGUAACCCUCAUGGGUUGAUCCGGAAGUAUGGACUGAUGUGCUGCAGGCAGUGCUUCCGUAGCAAUGCCAAGGAGAUUGGUUUUAUCAAGUACCGUUAAAGGGCGGGAGGAUCUAAUCUACAUUGACAAUGUUUUCGUCCAAAGAAUAUGGUGGCUGCUUGGCUUGCUGAGUUCCCCCAUUUUUAAUUUUGUUUUCAUGCUUGAACUAGAAGUUGUGAUUUUCCUUUUAAUUUUUGUUCAUGACGAAGGCUAUGUAAUGGUGACGUUGUUGGACCUCUUAUUUUUCUACUUUGCAUUAUAGUUUUUAUAUACA